AUGCGCCGCCUGGUGGUGCUGGUGUGCGCGGCGACGGCCGCCUCCAUCCUGGCGUGGACGGUGCUCACGCUGGUGGACGACUCCACCAAGGAGGUGCCGCACCCAGACAACGGCAACGAGACCGUCUUCGUGGACAUCCCGCGCCUGCCGCUGCGCGCCUGGUACCCGUGGGACGCCAGCGGCGGCGUCACCUACAUCGGCACCUUCGUCUACCAGGUGGGCGCGCUCCCGCACGGCCAAACAGCUCAGGCGUCGCAGUUGGGCAAGAGUCAUUCCACGUCGUCGGGGUACUCUUGGCUGAGUUGUCGAGACGAAGCCAAUGAAGGCUACCGCCGCUGCAAGCCUCAAUCCCGAAGGAAAGAAAGCCUCCUGACUGUACUGGCUGGUACUGGCGCUGUUCCACGCCAACCUGCUCGACGUGCUGUUCUGCUGUUGGCUCAUCUACGCGUGCGAGCAGCUGGUGCACCUCAAGGACGUGAUGCGGCCGCUCAUGGAGCUGAGCGCCGCCCUCGACACCGUCACGUGGAGGGGUCGGUGACGAUCCGUAGCAUCUACAGCAACCAGCGCGACUUCUCCGGCUUCCAGCGCGGGGGCGGCGGCGUCGGCCCCAACGGGCUGUCCAAGAAGCAGGAGGUGCUGGUGCGCUCCGCCAUCAAAUUCGUGGGCAACAUUGGCGAUGCAUACGGAUCGGCUUUACUGCUGCACAUGUUGACGUCAACUGUCACGCUGACACUGUUAGCUUACCAAGCAACAAAGAUUUCCGCCGUGGACGUGUACGCGUGCUCCGUGCUGGGCUACCUGGGCUACACGCUGGCGCAGGUCUUCCUCUUCUGCGUCUUCGGCAACAGGCUCAUCGAGGAGAGCUCGUCGGUGAUGGAGGCGGCCUACUCGUGCCACUGGUACGACGGCUCGGAGGAGGCGAAGACGUUCGUGCAGAUCGUGUGCCAGCAGUGCCAGAAGUCGCUGUCCAUCUCGGGCGCCAAGUUCUUCACCGUCUCCCUGGAUCUCUUCGCGUCGGUGUUGGGUGCUGUGGUGACAUACUUCAUGGUGCUGGUGCAGCUGAAGUAG